UUUUGAUUAGAAUCGUUACAAAUGAAUCUACACCUCCUUUUAAUCCGCACCUCCUUACCCUAGCUAAGCUCUAAGGAAAUGAAUCUACCGGAGAUCUCUGCUGUAAUUUUUUUGUUCCAUUUUCUUAUUGUUGUCAGGGGAAAAGAAAAUUGGUUCCUCGGUGGGAGAGGAGUGACUCGUCCAGGGUUGAGCUCGACGGCGGCUGGGCAAGGUAAGGUUUUUUUGUUUAGGGUAUUGGUUAGAAAUUGUGGCUAGAGGGUAAGACUGUCAAUUUGAUACAUUUUAGGGCGACAAAAUUUGUAUUUUAGGACGACGAAUAGCGAUUCAGAAAAAGAAAGUAAUGUAGCGCUUUUCAAAAUUCAGAUUUUACUAAAAAUCUCAAUUUUCAAAUUGAAAGCAAAUCGAACCUUAACUCUGUUCAUUGUUCUCAGAAAAGCUAGGGCUAGGCCAGCGGAGUAAAAUCGAAGCAUCAAUCGUAAAUCGGCAAAGAAAGUGAUUGACGCUACCGCUGGGUUUCUUAGUCGGAUCCUUCCACCUGAAUCCCCCGCCCCCAGAUUCCGUCCGUCACGAUUCAGUAACAGAAGGGGACCUUUUGGAAUCGGAAAGAAAGGAAAGCAGAAGAGAAGUAGCCCGCCAGUCUCCUGCUUCGGGGCUCUCCCUCAACUCAUCAUUUCAGCGCAUUUCUCUUUAGAAGGUACCUUGUUCUGCUCCUUUUCUGUGCGUAAUCUUGGUCUGCAAUUCGCUCCAGCGUUUGCUCGCAAGUCUCAGGGUUUAGGAAUUUCCUACACACCAAUCGUUUCCGAUCCUCCAUUUUUCUUCGUGCUGCGUAGUUGUUCUGGUUAUGGAGAAUAUGGGGUAGGGCAAUGGAAGGUUUUAAGUACCCACAUUUUUUUUAUGCGUGCUUGGUUGUAGGUUGAUCAUGCCUCAAAUGUCCAACCGGGGAAUUCCUUGUGCUAGCAUACCCUGAAAGAUAUUCAUUUGGCAUAUAACUAGAUCAUCAAGUAAUAGUCCUGUUUGUUACUUGCUUUCAAUUUCAGAAAGCAUUCCCCUCUCUUCGAUCCUGCUUUGCUUAAGUAAAUAUCAGUUCGUGGAUCUUCCGACUAAUCGUUAAAGUAUUCGAUGUGUAUGUUUCAUUUUGGCUUUGGGUAUUGCAUUGCAGUUCCCUGUUCGUAAAAACCCGUUUGGUCCAUGGAUCCAGAAGCAGCAAAGACAGCGCGCGAGUCUCUGGAGCUGUCGUUCCAGAUGUCCAACAUUCUCGACACAGGUCUUGACCGUCACACGCUGUCAGUUCUGAUAGCCCUCUGCGACCUCGGGUUGAACCCCGAGGCACUGGCUGCUGUUGUGAAGGAACUGCCCACAGAAGCGCUGUCCUCUCCACCACCACCACCACCUCCCGCAUCAUCAUCAUCAUCUUGAGCAUGUUGUUUGGCUUCGUCUCCCAUCAGCGAAAAUCCGAGGCAGUAUUUCCCAUGUUUCUUGUUAGCUCCUGCCUCCUUGGCUCUUUUCCUCCACAAGCGCAAGAUGUUGCAGCGCUGCAAUAUUAGUAUUGCAAGACUCUGGCUUGUGAACCGAAAGGGGUUUAAAGAGCGGUGUGCUCGAGUGUUCAUUUGUUCAUGCCUUUUGCUGUAGCGUAAGGCGAGAAAGGAAUGUGAGAAUCUUUGAUUACCAGUCUGUAACCCAAGCCAUUCUGUGCUGCAAAAUUGGCAACCUCAUUCUGCAGUCGCCUCCUAGGCUGCGAAAUGGUUGGAUUUUUUCCACUGGGAGAGGGAUGGUGAAGAAAUCGUUGCGUGGGCCGGUACUGGCCCAUCGACUUCAACUUCGGCCACAAAAGAAAUCACGUUGGCCUUU